AUGUCGUGCGCGGACGGAGCGCUAGCGUCUUUGAUGACCACAGUGCAUAACGCGAUUGCAAACACGGCGACUUGUUUGCAGCAGUGUCUAGAGACACUGACUGAGGACUUGAGGUCGCAGUUGUGCUCUGGGCAGCAACAGCAGGUCGUACCGCAGCGGCGCCGCGAGCUCUUCUUUCGUCUGCGUGCAUGGGCUGCGGCCACUGCACGAAGCAAAGUUCGCAUACUAGAGUUUGCGACGUCUGGUGCCAACGCGUUACGACAAAAUGGCGUCAUCAGUUUCGACGAACAGCUUUUAGAGUGGUUUGCUACGCAGCUUGCGCAUGUUCAGCCUGAGGAUAGAAACGGAAACUCUAUCGUUUCUCCUCCAGAGACACACCAUCUGGCAGCCUUGUUCGUGCUCGUGGAAGCGCUUCGAAGUUGGAUUCAGGUCCAGACCAAGCUUGUCAACUUGCAGCGGACAGGUCAACACACGAAAAAGCGUGUGCAGGAGUUGGAAACUUUGGAGGAGUGGUAUGAAUGGUGGCGAUCGAAGGGUCUAGCAGCCUUGUGGCGCAUCGUAAGUGAGGCUUUCUUGAAGCUCCUUUACGGACUCGCUUCGGAGCGGGGACUGCUCGAGUUUCCAGCAUCCAACCUCCGGAGCACAGCAGAAGCACAUCUGGGCAUGCGACUGUGGCUCAUUUCAGUGUUAGAGCGUAUGAUGCUGCUUUGGAUGGAGGUUUUUCUGCAAAAUACUGUCGAUCCUGCAGUGGAAAUCAGCGACACCGACUCCUCGACAGAAAGCGAGCAGAGUAUUCACCUGCCGCCGAGUGGCUGGCCAGAAGCGCUCGCGCUCUACAGUGUUCGGCUUGUGCAGGGCGUUGCAGCCGUGUUCGCGUUCGCCUCCAGGGAGGCGUCCAGGUCAUCACCAUCAUUAUCAUCAUCAUUACCGACGCCGUCGUCGCCGUAUUUGAACCUUGCGCUAACCACCAUGGAGGCUACACGCAUCCUGAGUCGAGUACAUUGCACCUGCUGGGCAUCUCCAGAGCAAGCCAAACAGUUUCUGAUCUCCCUCAUGCGCGCACUCUUCAAAAGUACGGACCCGGCGCUCCGGACGACAUCAGCGGUCACCUUCGAGGAAGUCGCCCGCGACGCGCUUCACUUUGAUGUUAUGCGACUUGUGGUGCGGUCGCACGGUCUCGACGCCGUGUGCCUUGCGAUGGAGCAGAUAGCCGCGGGCGAGGUAUCCAGCCCCAGCGGCUUAUGGAUGGCUCUCUGUCACUGCGGCUCAGCGUGGAUGGAGUCGCCCGAUGUAGUGAACGCUUUGGUCGCUGCGGAUCUGCAGGAAGCAGAACAAACCGACGAGCGCAUGGUUGACCUUGUUGAUGGCUUCCUCAACAUGUGGGACAGCACCCUCUGGCAUGCGUCGCAGCGACAGGCCGCGCGAACCUUCACCGAUGAAUCGCCUGGACGUCCGCAGCAAGCAGCGGCCAGAGGCCUCGAUUCGAUACCCGAAGUUGCUCCAGACCAUGAGCAUUACGCUGGAUUUUUCCUAGACUGUACGUACCAAAUCAUCGAAAGCUUUCUUGUGAGCUUCUUGCCACGGUACGUUUCGGCACUUGUUGCUCGCCAGUGUCCGCCAACAUUGGACUGGUUCCCUGAGUCACAAUGCAGCGCACGCCUUGCUGUAGUUGCAUCAUUGCUACGCUGGGCGACGCGGCCUCGCCUUGCUGCAGAAACUAGUAGCUCAGGUGCGCCGAUCUUACCCCAUGGCCUACAACUUGUUGGAAUCCUGGAACGGUUGGUGAAUCAGACACUCGCUCACUGGCAAGAAGCCGCGAAUUCGACGAGCACCCCGGCCGGUGUAUUGCUUGUGCUGCUUCUAACGCUUCUGGGCGAGUUGAUAGGUGACGAAAAUCUCCACGACAUGGACGCUUCAGCUUCAAUGCAUGUGCCCGCCGCCGUAAUGCUGCAGACGUGCGCAUCGCUGGGGAUCGAGCAUUGGUGCCCGUGGCUGGAGGCAGUGCUGCACCCGCCGGUUCGCAUGCUGGCGGCAGUAGCGCAGCAGGCGCCGGCGCUGGCUACCUGUGCCUCCGGAACUCGCUCUGACGUCGACCUGGCUGUGAUGGCAACGUUAUUCGAUACGCUGCGUCGCUGGAGUGUUAUCACUGGUCCGGGCCCAGAUCCGCAGGCCGCCGUGCAUCGCCUCUGUGCGAACUGGCUGCUUCCCGCAGAAACCGCGGUGCAUCUGAGGUCGCUCCUAGCGAGCAACCGUUUCGUUGAGCUGCUAGGAUUCAGUGAUGAAGCGCAAACAUCGUGGCGCUUUCUCUGGCUCGACCGAAUACGCCAAACACUGGAUACGGUGUGCGUUCUUCACGCAACGAAUGGAGCAGCAGCAGCAGCAGCAGCGCUGAAUCUGUUACUGCAGGCCUCACGUUCGUGGCCGUCACCUGCUAGCCUUGCGGCGGAGACUGCCUGGUGGGAGCAACUUGUAGCUCUAGCUUUGCCGCCCCAGGAGGAGCCCUGGUGUGAGCGAGGGUAUCCAUGGCGGCCCUCAGAGCUGAUCCGCCUGGGUGAGUGCCUAGGCUGGGCAGCCACGAAGCUCCUUGCAGUGGAUGAAGUGCACACCAUGGGCCCGCUCUCGUUGUGGUCCGCAUGCGUGACCUGGUGGCUGCAGUGGAUCCACCCGCGUGUAGCGACCCUGUCCAACGGCAAUGCAAUUGACCACGUUCGCUCGGGUAUGGCGGGAGCGGUGUCGCUCAGCCCUAGGGAUGUUUCUCAGGUCGAAGAACGCGCAUUGCAUACACUUUGCUUGCUACGUGGCCUAAGCCGAGUCCUCCAGCGAAUAUCCAUGCCAGACAUCGUCGAUCCGAUGGAUAUUCUCGCCAUAGCUCAGCAGGCGUUGUGCACCUUCUUUGCGAUUUCGAGAAGCUGUUCGGGCGUGCUUCGGGCUGUGUUCUACUGGCUGGCUGAUCUGGUGCGCGCGCGCGUUCUUUCGUUGCAGCGCCUGCUGGAGGCGCUCGGCGAGCCGCUUUUCCAGACCGCGCUGGAGACCUGGCUUGAGCCCAUGGCGCGCGCAGAUCGGUGGUGCACGCCCUCGAGCGAUUUCGCCGGAUCCGUCGUCGACCACACGACUGAGAAUCUGAUCAGCUGGCUGGCGUUCUGGCGAGCAAUCUGCGAUCGUUGUCCGGUGCCUGCCUCGCAGCGAUAUGUGAGAUCAGGAUCGGCACCGCACGCUGCAGGUGCGUCAUCAGGUGCGCUCGCGCCAGCGGUGUACCAGCGUCUCUGGCAGAUGGGACUGGGGCAGUUUCUAACACUCUUGCACCGUGCCGAUGCUCUCUGGCAGAUACUGCAGGUACCCUGUCUGCAGUCAGAACUCGCCGCUGCGAUUGCAGCAGCUGCCUGGUUGAGUAUCCCAUACGAUACGUGCCUCUCUGUACAUGAUCGAAAUGAAUUGCGGAACGUGCUCUAUGUGCUUUUGACUCGGGCGCAUUCAGCAUCUGUGGUAUCCUCUGCCGCCGAGGCCGUCGCGGAUAUCUGGACACACCGAGAGGCGAGCGCUUACCAGAUUAGCGAGGCGGUCUUGAAUCCGCCCGAUGGCGUGCCGAAGUCGGCAGCGGACGAUCUCGACAGCGAGCGCGACGCCUGGAUACGAUUUGUGCCAGUUGUGCUGCAGCUUCUAUUGACUGCUUUCGGAAGUUUCAGGACGCAGGAAGCCCUGGAGGACGCGCUUUUCCAUAUGCUGCUUGGAAUGCGCUGUCCACCAGCUGUGCUUCAUGCCCAGUUCAUGCUUGUGGACUGGUUUGCGGUCCGCGCCGCGCUACUCGAACCAAUCGGCACAGAUCAGCAUCUCGAGUGCAGUGCUGGCGGUGCCGCCAACGCAGUAGCCACCGAGCCUGUCGCGCGCUGCUGUCGACUGGCGAGCGAAGCGCUCUGUGCUGUUGGAUGUCGAGAUCCGCACGAUGCUACCAAUGGUACAAGUGUUCAGGCAUGCUUCCGCCGAGAAUGGCGUCGCUGGCUACAAGCACUUCGCGUCCAGGUAUUUCUAGAACAAGUUGCAGAGACCUAA